CCAAGCCAAGGUACUUCGUAUUAUUGUUCAAUCCGAACGGGAUUUCAUAAUCCAAAACCAGCCGGCGUCGCAGUGUCCGCUCGUCCAUUUCGUUCAGAAACCAACUCGCUUGGCGCGGCCGUUCUGUUCUGUUUUCUCUCAUUUUCUCCCUCAAUUAGCUCCGGGCUGACCUCCGCCACCAGAUCGACAGUCUUCCCUACCUCGAUUCACUUUCAGUGUCUUGACCAAAGCAAAAUAAACGGUGGGAGGAGGAGGAACUUUGCUGAAGGAAAAUAUAUUGGUUUCUCCCAUAACUUAUCCUAAAGCCAAGAAGCUGUAAUACAGACAGGGAGGAGGCAGCAGCCUGGUGUGGUGUGGUGUGGUUAUAUUUGCAGGUUGUUAGUGGUUGGUUAAGUGUGAGAAUUUUGAAUAUGCCAGACAACAGAAGCCGAAGCAGGAGCCCAAUGGAUCGCAAGAUCCGUACUCAGCGUUAUUCCUACCGUGAUGCACCAUAUAGGCGGGAGUCACGUCGGGGUUUCAGCCAGAACAGUCUUUGCAAGAAUUGUAAAAGGCCAGGUCAUUUUGCUAGAGAGUGCCCUAAUGUGGCAAUAUGUCACAAUUGCGGCCUUCCUGGGCAUAUUGCAUCAGAGUGCACUACAAAAUCACUCUGUUGGAACUGUCGAGAACCUGGCCACAUGGCUGGGAAUUGUCCAAAUGAAGGAAUCUGCCACACUUGUGGGAAAGCAGGACAUCGUGCAAGAGACUGCACGGCUCCUCCUAUGCCGCCUGGUGAUCUGAGGCUUUGCAACAACUGCUUUAAGCAAGGUCAUAUUGCAGCUGACUGCACAAAUGACAAGGCGUGCAAAAAUUGUAGGAAAACAGGUCACCUUGCCCGUGACUGUCAAAAUGAUCCCGUGUGCAAUUUGUGUAAUAUAUCUGGGCAUGUUGCUAGAGAUUGUCCAAAGGCUGGAACCAUUGAAGAGAGGGGUCCUGGACCUCGUGCUGGUGGAUAUCGGGAUGCUGGAUUUCGUGACAUCGUAUGUCGGAACUGCAAUCAGGUAGGCCACAUGAGUCGGGAUUGCAUGACCAUGAUGAUCUGUCACAACUGCGGGGGAAGAGGACAUGUAGCUUAUGAGUGCCCAUCGGGAAGAUUUAUGGACCGUUUCCCCAGGAGGUACUAAUUGGAUGAAACGGAUAUUCGUUGAAUGAACGGUACUUAGCCAGAUGUGGUCCCUUGGUUUCCAUAAUAAUUUGGUUGUUGAGUUUUUGAAACCAUUUUAUUGGCGUUAUCAGUAUCUUUACCAACUUUAUUUAGAACAUUACAGUGAGGUGUUAUUUGUGAUUCUGCUUGAAAUUUUGCUGAUUUUAAUAUUUUAUUAGCUGUCCAUUGUGAUGUCAUGACAUUUGGGCUGAACCUAGGACUAGCAAUUUUUAUUUUUUCUAAUUCCAAAUAUUGUUUGAGGAAAGAUGAUCACACCAUGUUUACUUGUUUAGAACA